CCAAAUGUCAAAUCUUCUGUCCCUCCCUCCCUCUGCUUAUAUUUCAAGCAGUCUCUCUGUCUCAUAACGUAACAUAAUAUAAUAUUUAUAUUUUUCGCCUUUUCCUGCUCGCUUUCUCUAAGCUCUCUGUAUAGUCGUCCAUGAUAACAUAUUAACCAUCACUUCCCCCGCUCUCUCUAUCUCUAGAAUUUUCGAUUUCUUUAUUUUUCUCUCUCUUUUAGGGUUUGGUUUUGUUGCUGUUACAGUGUUAGGGUUUUCUAAAGCUUCAGUGUCUCUGUUUUUUUCGUUUUAAUGGCGUCUUUGGCUAUGGCUGCUGAGAAACUUAGAGAUUUAAGCCAGCCGAUUGAUGUUCCUUUACUCGAUGCCACUGUUGCUGCGUUUUAUGGCACCGGAUCUAAGGAAGAGAGGGCUGCUGCAGACAGGAUAUUGCAGAAUUUACAAAGCAAUCCAGAUAUGUGGCUCCAAGUUGUCCACAUUUUACAAAAUACAAAGAACCUGAACACCAAAUUCUUUGCUUUGCAGGUCCUUGAAGGUGUUAUAAAGUAUAGAUGGAAUGCCUUGCCUGUUGAGCAACGGGAUGGAAUGAAGAAUUAUAUUUCUGAAGUCAUUGUACAGCUAUCCAGCAAUGAGGCUUCUUUUCGAUUGGAAAGGCUAUAUGUCAACAAGCUCAAUGUAAUUUUGGUUCAGAUAUUGAAACAUGAGUGGCCAGCUAGAUGGAGAAGCUUUGUUCCUGAUCUUGUUGCUGCUGCAAAAACUAGUGAAACGAUUUGUGAGAAUUGCAUGUUUAUAUUGAAACUUCUAAGUGAAGAAGUUUUUGAUUUCUCUCGUGGGGAAAUGACUCAACAGAAGAUCAAAGAGCUUAAACAAUCACUUAACAGUGAAUUUCAACUCAUCCAUGAGUUAUGCUUAUAUGUACUAUCAGCCUCUCAAAGAACUGAGCUUAUUCGGGCAACAUUGUCUACCUUGCAUGCAUUUCUUUCCUGGAUUCCAUUAGGCUAUAUUUUUGAAUCUCCUCUGCUGGAAACACUCCUGAAGUUUUUCCCUGUGCCAUCAUAUCGAAAUCUUACCCUCCAGUGUUUGACAGAGGUUGCAGCUCUGAAUUUUGGAGACUUCUACAAUGUGCAGUAUGUUAAGAUGUAUAAUUUCUUCAUGGUCCAAUUACAGACCAUUCUUCCUCCAACAACAAACAUUCCAGAAGCUUAUUCUCACGGUUCUAGCGAGGAACAGGCAUUUAUUCAGAAUUUGGCAUUGUUUUUCUCUUCAUUUUACAAGUUUCACAUUCGAGUGCUGGAGGCUUCACCAGAGAACAUAUCUGCAUUGUUGGCAGGUCUUGAAUAUCUUAUUAAUAUCUCAUAUGUUGAUGACACAGAGGUUUUUAAGGUUUGCUUGGACUAUUGGAACUCAUUGGUUUUGGAGCUCUUUGAGGCGCAUCAUAAUUUGGAUAAUCCUGCUGUAACUGCAAACGUAAUGGGAUUGCAGAUGCCUUCGCUUCAUGGUAUGAUUGAUGGCAUAGGGUCACAAAUUUUGCAGCGGAGGCAGCUUUAUGCUAAUCCUAUGUCAAAGUUGAGAAUGCUCAUGGUUUGCCGUAUGGCUAAACCUGAAGAGGUUCUCAUAGUUGAGGAUGAGAAUGGCAACAUUGUUCGGGAGACUAUGAAGGACAAUGAUGUUCUUGUUCAAUACAAGAUCAUGAGAGAAACCUUGAUCUACUUGUCUCAUCUUGAUCACGAGGACACUGAAAAGCAGAUGCUGAAGAAAUUAAGUAAACAAUUGAGUGGUGAGGAUUGGAGUUGGAACAAUCUAAACACUCUAUGUUGGGCUAUAGGAUCUAUUUCUGGUUCUAUGAUGGAAGAACAGGAAAACCGAUUCCUUGUGAUGGUCAUUCGUGAUUUAUUAAAUUUGUGUGAAAUCACAAAGGGAAAAGAUAACAAAGCUGUAAUUGCUAGUAACAUCAUGUAUGUUGUUGGGCAGUAUCCGCGAUUUCUUAGAGCCCAUUGGAAGUUUUUAAAAACUGUUGUCAAUAAGUUGUUUGAGUUCAUGCAUGAAACACAUCCUGGAGUUCAGGAUAUGGCCUGCGACACGUUCUUGAAAAUUGUCCAGAAAUGCAAACGGAAAUUUGUCAUCGUCCAGGUUGGAGAAAGUGAACCAUUUGUGUCUGAACUUCUGUCAGGCCUACCAGCAACUGUUACUGAUCUUGAGCCUCAUCAGAUCCAUACAUUUUAUGAAUCUGUAGGGCAUAUGAUUCAAGCUGAACCUGAUCCACAGAAGAGAGAUGAAUACCUGCAGAGAUUGAUGGAUCUUCCGAACCAAAAAUGGGCUGAAAUCAUUGGGCAGGCACGCCAGAGUGUUGAUUUUCUGAAAGAUCAAGAAGUGAUCAGGGCAGUUCUCAACAUAUUGCAAACAAAUACAAGUGUUGCUAGUUCUCUUGGAACAUAUUUCUUGUCCCAAAUCUCUUUGAUCUUUCUGGACAUGCUUAAUGUGUAUAGAAUGUACAGUGAGCUUAUAUCAAGUAGCAUUGCUGAAGGAGGGCCUUAUGCAUCUAAAACAUCCUAUGUGAAGCUUUUACGAUCGGUUAAGAGAGAGACACUUAAACUCAUUGAGGCCUUUUUGGACAAGGCUGAAGACCAGCCGCAGAUUGGCAAGCAAUUUGUGCCCCCAAUGAUGGAUCCUGUUCUCGGUGACUAUGCAAGGAAUUUGCCUGAUGCAAGAGAAUCAGAAGUUCUUUCACUUUUUGCAACAAUUAUAAACAAGUACAAAUCUGCAAUGAUAGAUGAUGUGCCCCGGAUAUUUGAAGCAGUUUUCCAGUGCACACUUGAGAUGAUAACUAAAAACUUUGAAGAUUACCCUGAGCAUCGCCUCAAGUUCUUUUCAUUACUGCGGGCCAUUGCAACACAUUGUUUUCCUGCUUUGAUUCUGUUGUCGAGUCAGCAACUGAAGCUUGUAAUGGAUUCAAUCAUAUGGGCAUGUCGGCAUACAGAAAGGAAUAUUGCUGAAACUGGUCUUAACCUUCAAUUGGAGAUGCUGAAGAACUUUCAGGCUUCUGAAUUCUGUAACCAGUUCUAUCGUACGUACUUUCUCACAAUUGAGCAGGAAAUAUUUGCAGUCUUGACAGAUACAUUUCACAAACCUGGCUUCAAGUUGCAUGUCUUAGUGUUACAGCACUUGUUUUGUCUGGUUGAAAGUGGCGCUCUGACCGAGCCAUUAUGGGAUGCUGCAACAGUACCUUAUCCAUACCCUAACAAUGCAAUUUUUGUUCGUGAAUUCACCAUUAAACUUUUGGGGACAUCUUUUCCCAACAUGACUGCUUCGGAGGUCACUCAAUUUGUUAAUGGGCUAUUUGAGUCAAGAACUGACCUCUCUGUAUUUAAGAAUCACAUCAGAGACUUUCUUGUCCAAUCAAAAGAAUUUUCAGCUCAGGACAACAAAGAUCUUUAUGCAGAAGAAGCUGCUGCUCAGAGAGAAAGAGAGAGACAGAGAAUGCUUUCUAUUCCAGGGCUUAUUGCUCCUAAUGAAAUCCAAGAUGAGAUGUUGGACUCAUAGAAGGCUAUUUUUAGCGUGGAAGAUAAUUUGGUGAGAUUUUAAACUAGGAGUUGCCAUUGCUGUCUUGAUUCAAAUACUUAGAAUGUCAAUGGGAUUUAUAGAUGCAGAGCAUUCUUUGGACUCCCAGUGUCUGAAAUUUUCCUUGGGUGUUGAAGCUGGUAGAUAACAAAGUGUGCUUGGGCAAAGAAGGAUUGGCAGCUAGCAAUAGUGUCUGCAUAUCCAUUUGGCUGAGUGUAGGGUAAUUAGGUGCUAAUGUAGGAAUGGAUAUAUAGGGAGUCAUUGUACGGUUUUUGUGGAUCCUGCUUGAGCGUUGUAUUCGAUCAUGAUGGUUGGGAUCAAACUGUUUAAAAUGACUCGUUUUGGAUUUGAUUGAUUUUUCAUAGGUGUAACCGCAUACUAAUGCUGGGCGGGUUGUGCAGAAAGUUCAAGUUCCUUUCUACGAUGCCGUUUUCUAAUGUUGUGGUUAGGGGCAUACUUUUUAUUUUUCCUCCCAUCGUAAAAAUGUACCUUGAAUGUGUUUUAAUAUAUGAGGUUUUUUUUUCUA